AUGGCGAGGGCGAAGGGCGGUGGAGGCGAUCCAGAACCGUGCGAGCUCUGCGGUUCGAGGGCGUCGCUGUAUUGCCAAGCGGACGAGGCGUAUCUGUGCCAAAAGUGCGACAAAAUGGUUCACAGCGCAAAUUUCUUGGCGCUGCGACACGUACGGUGCCUGCUGUGCAACACGUGCCAGAGGCAGACGCGGAGGUAUCUGUUGGGAGCGUCGAUGGAGGUUGUGCUUCCGAGUAUUGUGAGCAGUUCAUCGAUGGACAGGAAUUUCCAAAAUGAUUCAGAUGGUUAUGAUCAAAAUUCCUCCCAACUUCUGAAAACUCUUUGUCUCUUUCUCUAA